AUGCCGGUGAGGAGGCCGGGAGGAAAAUAUCGAGGUUUAAUCGCUCGAAACAAGUCGGACGCUGAAAUCGCCAAAGAGGCGCGCGAUCGUUUGCGACGUGCUACAGAGGCGGCCAUCCGACGAGGAGCUGCGAGGAGAAAGAAGGACCCACUGGCCGGCACAAAGCUGAAAAAGAAGGAGGAAGAUUCAGAAGCUACACGCCAGCAGCGAAUUCUCAACAUGCUUAUCGGAGGCAAGAAAGGAAACCUGAAGAAGUUCUUCUUGGCCUGGUUGACUGGCGUCCAGAUUCAGAUGAAGGAGAGCCUGAUCGAGGAGCGUGAGCUCGCAUGGCAGCGUACGUGUGUAAGAGAUGCGCACGGGAAGUGCCAUGCUGAUGCCAGGAUACAGCCCACCCAGUUCGAGAUGCCAAUUGAAGCUUUGGCCAGAGCAGGCGCUUGGGCCGGUGGCCUUGGCCUGGGCUCGGGCACCCUUCCGCGGAAGCUAGCUGAGUCACUGGCGGCAGCAGUCAACGCCUUACCGAGACCGCAAAGUGUGGGAAACUUGAAGGACAGAUGGCGAUGGCCAGGCCCGGGUCCACAUGGGCCAGCCGAGCUUGAGGACUUCAAGCCGGGCGUGCCGAAGAACGCUUGGCUCCAGGCUCCCACGGAAACAGUCGCCCACUACAAGAGCGGCCGGAAGUAUAAGCUGGAUCCCCUGAACAUGCGAACGUCCACGAUCCACGCACCCCCGAAUGCGAAUAGCUCAGCGACCCCUUCUGUGGGUACUCCUCAAGAGGAAACCGAGGAAGAGGUCAAGGUGCCAGGUCAAGUUCGUUUCGCCGAUUCGCCAGCUGGGCGCAAUCCUCCACGAAGUCAGGCCUGGGUAUCAGUCCUGUGA